AUGGCAGGACACCAGGAGACACAGUUCAGGAUUGUGCUUUUGGGGAAAAGUGGAGAUGGAAAAAGCAGCACAGGAAACACAUUACUUGGUGAAAAUGUUUUCAUCACCUCAAAUUCAGCAAAUUCAGAUACCUCCAAAUGUCAGACAGAAAGUGGCAAAGACAACAAACUCAUUGUUACCGACACUCCUGGACUCUUUGACACCAAACGUAGAGAGGAAGAUGUGAAAAAAGAAAUAUUGAGAUGUAUCAUUGAAUGUGCUCCUGGACCCCACGCUUUCGUGAUUGUUCUCAAACUUGGUCGUUACACAGAACAAGAGCAGAAGAUAGUGGAGAAAAUACUGGGUCUUUUUGGAAAAGAAGCUCUGAAGUACUCAAUGGCCGUCUUUACUCGUGGCGAUGAUCUUAAUGAGAAUGAACACAUUGAGGACUUUGUUAAAAAUAAUGAAGACCUGAAGAGUUUUAUUGGUAAAUGUGGAGGUGGCUGUCAUGUUAUUGAUAGUAAAUACUGGAGAAACACACAAGAUGAGUACAGGAACAACAGGGUCCAGGUGGGGAAGAUAAUCAGCACUAUACAGACAAUGGUGACUAAUAAUGGAGGUUAUUACACCAAUGAGAUGCUGAGUAAAGUACAGGCAAGGAUACAGGAGGAAGAGAAGCUACUAAAACAACAGGCAAAUACAGAUCUCCUUGCUACAUUUCUGGAUGUUGAUCGUGUUAAUUACAUUGCUGUCUAUGGGAGGGUCAGAGAGCUGUGA